UAARUGACAACCGGGAGACUGGGGAAUCUGGGGAAGGGAUCGUCAACCCGAACGCUUAUUCGGAAAUUUCCGUCAUCACGUCGUAAUUUAUCGCGWGUUCGUAACACACACGAUCACUUACCGAGCUCACUAAAGAAAAUGGCCGACGAAUAAAGAUUAUACAGAAAAUACAAAAUGCGUCGUUCUAGGGGCCCAUCUAACACCACUUCGACUAGUUCGAGUUCUGGUUCCGGUGGAACAAGUUCUUCUUCAAGCUCAGCAAAUUCCAGUAACAACAACACGGUUCCUUCGCUCCUGAAAGAACUUCAUUCUUUGGUACAACAAAUUCAGGAAGAAAGAAACAGAAGUGAGCAUAAUAUAAGUAAUAUCGAAAAGACCCACGAGAAGAUGAAGUCAGAAGGAAAAGUUUCUUCAUACUUCAAGACAAAACUAAGAGGAUUAUACAAAACUGCAACCUCAGAUGCUCAAGCUGAAGCAGAUAUUAUCAGGAAGGCCUUGGACAAGAUUGCUAUUAUCAAAGCUUUGAGGAAUGACAGGAGAAUAGGGAGAAGUGGAGUCAGUAGAAGCCAAGAGUCUGGUGAACCAAGGAAAGCAAUGCGACGUGGAGUUCUAAUGACAAUGUUACAGCAAGCAGCUUCCCAGUUACCAAUGAUGAUAGGCAAGUCAUCAGAAAGUCCACCUCCACUUUGUGGUGCAAUUCAAGCUGAAAAUAACUAUGUUGCCCAUCCAGGAGAUCACGUUGCUGCCCGUGUUAAGACUUCCGAUGGUGAAGAACAGUGGAUAUUAGCUGAAAUUGUUUCAUACAAUUCAUCAUCCAAUAAAUAUGAUGUUGAUGAUAUAGAUGAAGAAGGGAAGAAUGGCAAAGAACGUCAUCACCUUAGUCGACGCAGAGUAAUACCUCUACCAAAACAAAAGGCAAAUCCUCUGACACACCCUAGUGCUUUGUUCCAAAAGGAUCAGGUUGUUAUGGCUCUGUAUCCACAAACAACAUGUUUCUACAAAGCUGUUAUCCACGAACCUCCRUCCAGGCCACAAGAUGACUAUCUUGUAUCGUUUGAAGACACUUCAUAUGCUGAUGGUUUUGCCCCACCACUACAYGUCCCUCAAAGAUAUGUCGUAGUGAUCAAAGACAACAAAAGACGGUGAAGGAACUUCAUAUAUUGAUGGUUUUGCCCCAUCUCUACACAUCACUUAGAAGAUGUAUUGUAGUGAUGAAAGACAGGAGAGAAAUAUAAUUUAAAUUUAUGCAAAUAUGUAUCUCCAUUGAAAAUCAUUAUAACACAGUAUUUAUCAGGAAAGGUAUACUCCUUUCCCAGCCAACAAACAAAACUCCACUCUGAAGAUUAUUAGGGAGAACCAAACAAAAGGCAACUUAAAAAAACUCCUUUGCUAUGAGCUAUAUUCAAGCAAUAAUAUAAAUUUAUAGCAAGAUUUGAAGCUAUUGUACAAAAUAAUAAAGAUUGUUGUAUAUAU